GCACUAGCGGCGUGAGCGCCGGCGGGGCUGCCUUCUCGUGGGAUGGAGCCUCCCCUGGCGCCCCAGCGGGCGUCCUUGGGUCUCCAGGGGGUCGUCCCCCUGGCCGGAGUGAGCCCCCUGGUGGCGGUGGCCAGCCCCAUAGAGCCCCUCCCCAUCGAGCCACAGGCCGCCAUCGUCAAGGAGGGCUGGCUCAACAAGCGAGGUGAACACAUCAAGAACUGGCGCAAGCGCUACUUCGUCCUACGGGAUGACGGCACGCUCAUCGGCUUCAAGCUGAAGCCAGAGCACGGCUACACAGAUCCCCUAAACAACUUCACCGUGAAAGGCUGCCAGCUGAUGAAGUCGGACCGGCCCAGGCCCUUUACCUUCAUCAUCCGAGGGCUCCAGUGGACCACCGUCAUCGAGCGCAUGUUCAGCGUAGAGUCUGAGGAAGACAGGGAGGACUGGGUGCGGGCCAUCCAGCUGGUCUCGGACCAACUCCAAGUGGACGAGGACGUGGAGAUGACGGAGCCCCGUGACGAGAUGGCGCUGCGCGACAAGUUCAGCGUGUCCACCCGAACCUACGCCAGCGGCAACCGCAUCAGCCUGGACAACUUUGAGUUUCUCAAGGUCCUGGGCAAAGGCACAUUCGGCAAGGUGGUGCUGUGCCGCGAGAAGGCCACUGGCGCCCUCUACGCCAUCAAGAUCCUCAAGAAGAAAGUGGUCAUUGACAAGGACGAGGUGGCCCACACGUUAACGGAGAACCGGGUCCUACGGAGCACCAAGCACCCGUUCCUCAUCUCGCUGCGCUACUCGUUCCAGACGGCAGACCGGCUCUGCUUCGUCAUGGAGUAUGUCAACGGCGGCGAGCUCUUCUUCCACCUGUCCCGGGAGCGGGUCUUCACCGAGGAGCGGACACGCUUCUACGGCGCUGAGAUCCUCCUUGCCCUCGAGUACCUGCACGGCCAGGGCAUCAUCUACCGCGACCUUAAGCUUGAGAACCUUCUCCUGGACAAGGACGGACACGUCAAGAUCGCGGACUUUGGGCUGUGUAAAGAAGACAUCGCAUUUGGGGCCACCACCAAGACCUUCUGCGGCACACCGGAGUACCUGGCACCCGAAGUGCUUGAGGACACGGACUACGGCCGCGCGGUGGACUGGUGGGGGCUUGGGGUGGUCAUGUACGAGAUGAUGUGCGGCCGGCUGCCCUUCUACAGCCGGGACCACGACGUCCUCUUCGAGCUCAUCCUGGUGGAGGAGGUCAAGUUCCCCAAGAGCUUGAGCCCCGAGGCAAGGCAUCUGCUCGCGGGGCUGCUGGUGAAGAACCCCAGGCACCGGCUCGGCGGGUCGGUGAACGACGCAGGCGACAUCAAGAUCCAUCCGUUCUUCCGGUCCAUCAACUGGGACGAGCUGGCCCAGAAGAAGGUGACGCCGCCGUUCAAGCCGCAGGUGACGUCGGACGUGGACACGCGCUACUUCGACCAGGAGUUCACGGGCGAGACGGUCCAGCUGACCCCUCCCGAGGCCGGGCCCCUCAACUCCAUCUCGGAGGAGUCCGAGCAGCCCUACUUCCAGCAGUUCUCGUACCACGGCAGCAGCGGCGCGCUGGCUGCGGGACGCCACUCGGCCACCGACCGCCGGCCCGUGCUAUCGUGAAGGCGCGCUGCCCCUCUCCUUGUACAUACGUCAAUAAAUGUCCUCCCCCCUUUUUUUGGA